ACUCGCGGCAGCUGUGGUCAAAACAGACACGGCGCAGCAGACUCUGGCGGUACACCUGCUGCUGGUCCGUGCGGGGGGGUGUAGCGUGUUAGUGUGCGUCACACCUGCGCCGAGGCAGCGGCUGGAGUCUCCAGAGGCCGCUGAAGACGAGCGAGUCAUGGAUGACGACGAACACCACCCGGAGCUGGAGAACAUGGCGCGCUUGGGUGUGCCAGGCGAGGAGCCACGCCGGCGGCGCAGUAGCAGCCCACGCCUGCUGGACCGCGUGCAGCUGUUCGACCGCGUGGCACAGGAGCACGCCGAGUCGCAGGCCACCAACCCCUUCUCCGACCACUUCCAGGGCCGCGUCUCGCCUCGGCCCGACGACCCCGACUACGGCAAGCCGAAGGCUGGGUCCAAGACGGAGCUGCGAGGCAAGAAGGCGUCAUCGCAGGUGCACAAGGAGAUGCUGGAGCUGUGCACCAUCAUCAGCGAGCACGGCGAGCCGCUGGAGGGCGGCGGCGCCGUCAUCUUGUUCGGCGAGCUCUUCCAGAUCUACACCUACAUCUCCAACAAGGUGGUCGGGCUGCUGCUGAGGGCGCGGAAGCAGAAACUGGUCGACUUUGAAGGCGAGACGCUGUUUCAGAGGAGGGAUGACGAUGUGCCAAUAGUGUUGCUGAUGCCCCUGGAGCAGGUGCGAGAACACUUCCGCAAGCAGGACGGCGAGUAGGCAGCAGAGGCUCUGAGCAAACAUGGCCACCCGCGACUUUCCAGUGGGCGCAGUGUUACUGCUGACACCACCACCCGUCGAUGCCGUGCCACAAUAAGGCGGCCAUCUUGAUCCGAGAAGAUUUUGUAAAAUGUCCCCCUCCACUUGAUAGACCUGGGCACUAUGGCCACAAAAAAAUUGCAGGGACAGUGUGAGCCAGCACAAACCACAUACUGGGGAAACACUUUGCAGCAGAAGGCUGUAUGUAACUUGUCUAGCAUGAGAUUCUCUG